AUGCCACUGACGUUCACGGACUGUGAAUGUUCCGGGACAAGCGACCUAGCCGUUAGCAGAGAUUAUUGCCCAACCGAGCACUGUAACAGCCAAUUCCAUUUAUUCUUCUUCAACCAGGCAGCAGGAGCGGUCUUCGGUGGUCUGUCAGUUGUUCCUGGAAUGUUAAUAGUUCUGAGAUCAGUGCCUCCGGAGCACCGCAGUAUUUCACUCGGUUUCAACGGUUUCCUCGUCAGUUUACUCGCCACUCUCCCAUCUCCAGUAUUCUGGGGUAAGAUAUUCGACUUGAGUUGCUUGAUGUGGCAGAAUGUAUGUAGUAAAACUGGAGCUUGCCCGAUAUAUGACACUGAUCAGCUUCGGAUACGAUUGCACAUCAUCUAUGGAGGUCUACGGAUUUUCUCUCUGCUAUCUGAUAUCUGGGUAGUAUACUGGGCAAAAGGCUUGAAACUGGUUGACGAAGAAGAGGAGCCGACAAAACUGAAAGAGAGCGACGAUGAUGCUCAAGAGCUCAGGCCUUUGACGAGCAACAGUGAGAAAGCUGAACCGUUGGAACCGCUUUUUGGCAGCCCUCAGAGCAAAGAGUCCGCAUUAAAAGAGUGA